GCGUGGAGCCCCAGCAUGCCUUGCGCAGGAGGGCGGUUCUCGGCGCAUGCGCGCUGCGUUCCGUCCCAAGGUGACUGAGGCUCCGCAAAGUAAAACGUCGGCGCCGUCAUGAUCCUCCAUCAGAUCCUGCGACUUUCUUCCCUUUUUCGUUCCGCUGUCUCCGUUCACCUGCGGAGAAACAUCGGUUUCUCUGCCAUUGCCUUUAAUAAGGCAAAAGAGCUCGAUCCGGUUCAGAAGCUCUUCCUGGACAAGAUCAGGGAGUACAACACAAAAAGCAAGCAAGCUGGAGGGCCUGUUGAUGUAGGUCCCGAGUUUCAGAAAGACAUGAAUGAAUCACUUGCCAGGCUUCAGCGGAUGUACGGAGAGGGAGAUCUAACCAAGUUUCCAGAAUUCAAAUUUGAGGAGCCCAACUUUGAGGAGACUCCAAAGUGAUUUCUUUACAUCGUCCUCCAAACAACAGAGUACAUCCAUGGAGUUGCUGAAUAUGGCAUCAACUGUAACUUAAUAAAUGCAGUGUUUCAGUUUGA